UCUCGGAAAUCCGGCGCUGGCGCCGAUAUCGACUAGAACGUUCGAUCGUGACGCUUGCAUCUACCUAACCUAACCUAACCAUAAAGUCCAUUUGGAUCCAUUUCACGCGCAGGGGUGAUCGUACCGCACGGUCACUGGGCAUAGCGAACCUACGUGGACGUCGCGGACCCGAGCUCAUUACAAUGCGGACAAACACAUACACAUAAACAUAUACACAUACACUCACCCAUAAUCGAACUAUUUACAUAUAUGCGACACAUACACACACACCCAUAACUACAUAACCAAUGUGAAAGUCAUAUAUUAGUGAUACAGUGUCCGAUAUUCUUCUACAAAAAGAAAAUAAGUCCAAAUCGUAGUUCAAUCACCGCCGAUCCGGACGUGCGAAUCCACUCGAUCCUUACUGAAUAUAUACAGACAAAAUAUGGAGGAGUUGUUGUACGUUCUAAGAACAGCGACGGAGAGUCAACCUCAGGGUAAUCCUGGAACUGCCGAGUUCCUGGGAGAUAAUCAUCAGUGGUACGCAACUAAUCACGCUAAACCUAUGUAUUGCAACGUCUGUAGAGAUGCCCUACAUGGUGAACAACUUGGGUUUCUUACAAGUUCCUCGAAGAUGUCUUAUAGACUGAGCGAAGGAUGUCUAUACUUUUAAUACUUGACUUUCUUCGCCGUACAAAAAGAAAAAUACAGACAGUUGUAAAUAUCAAUUGUGAGGAGAAAAAAUUCUGCACGUGCGGCAAGUCUGUUGAACAAUUCCUUUGAGGAGCAGCUGGCAUUUCAGAAUGCCCUGAAACAAUACAUCUCGAGUGGACAUUGACUAUGCUAAGAGCAAUAAAGAUUUCUUUGUCGCUUUUGAGGGCAGCUUUGGAAACAAACACGUCACACCGAGAACAUUUACCUCUCGUUACUUGGGUAACUUGGUGUGUGUGGAGGGUAUUGUCACGAAAUUUUGUUGUUGAUCGUUAUUUACAGGGUUAAUAAUGCGUUUAUUUAUUUUUAUUCGUGGAACAUUAUAAUGUUGACAAGCAUGAUAUCCGACAUGAUUCUUAAUCUUUGUUGCUAUGACAACAAAGUUGUUUGGCGAAUGCUCUUUUCCAUCGGAUCUUGGAUGCGCUGCACAACGAUUUCACAAUUAAAGAGAAAGGAGAAAAAAUAGUUUAAUCUCGAAACAGAAAGACGCGAUAAUGCCAAAAAUAAAAAGCUACAAUGAAUUGAGUCGAUCUCAACAAUGGCGUCGAAGACAAGAAACAGACCGCAUAGUUAAUAAUUCAGAAAAGGAAAAUAUUUUACAUGAAAAAGAAAGACUUAAUGACGAUAUUUUUAUUGUUGAAAAUAAUAACUAUUCAAGUGACAAUGAUUUUUAUACAUCUCCAAAUGUCGCAUCUGAUGUAGAAUUAGAAUCAAAUGAUGGAUACGACAGUCAAUAUGAUGAAGAUUUGGAUUUUACUAUACAGAAAGAUUUUUCAUUAAGAGAAUUUUUGCAAACGUGGAGUGUUGAAAACAACAUUACUCAUGUGGCUCUUACAAAAUUACUGAAAGGUCUCCGAGUUAAUGGACAUACUAAUCUUCCUUCCGAUGCACGAACGUUAUUGGAAACUCCCACAACAACAGCAAUAACAACGAUUAAUAAUAGUUCUAGUACUUUUUUUUAUCACGGAUUACAGAAAGCAUUAAAAGACCAUUUACGAAACAAUAAACCUCUCAAUAAAAGUCUUGAUAAUUUAAUCACAAUCAAUCUAAGUAUUGACGGAUUACCGCUGUCAAAAAGUUCAAAAUCACAGUUUUGGCCUCUUUUAGGACAAAUUGUACACACUGAUUAUAGGGAAAAACCAUUUGUUAUUGGAGUAUUCCACGGAUACCGUAAACCAACCAGACCUGCUGAAAUUAUUGGUGAAUUUAUUAAAGAGUAUAACGACGUAAAAAGUGAAGGAUUUCAAUAUAGAGGAAGGAAGUACAAGAUUUUAUUAAAUGCUGUUAUAUGUGAUGCCCCAGCAAGAGCGUUCGUGAAAUGUAUUAAAGGCCAUACAGGAUAUUAUGGUUGUGAUAAAUGUGAAGAAGAAGGUGAAUGGAGAGAUAAUCGAAUGUUAUUUCUUAAUGAAAGUGCUCCAUUACGCACGGAUGAAAAGUUUUUACUACGACAUAAUGAAGAUCAUCAUUUGAAUAAUUCACCUUUCGAAAGCAUAGGAUUGAAAAUGAUUACUCAAUUUCCCUUGGAUUAUAUGCACCUUGUUUGUCUCGGUGUCAUGAAAAAACUUUUGAAUUUAUGGAUCCGAGGAGUAAAAAACAUUAAAUUGCGUGCAUCUGAAAUAAAUCAAUUAUCUGCAGACUUGAAAACGUUAGUAUCACACAUACCCAUUGAAUUUUCUAGAAAACCGAGAGGUUUAGAUGAAUUAGAUCGCUGGAAAGCGACGGAAUUUAGAUUGUUUCUCUUAUAUACAGGUUUAAUAACUAUGUGGUCAUAUUUACCAAUUAAUUACUUGAGAAAUUUUUAUGCUCUACACUGUGCAAUUUCUAUUCUUUGCAAUCCUAUCGAUUGUAAGAACAAUAAUGCGUAUGCGCAUGAAUUAUUAGUAUAUUUUGUACAAACAUUUAAAAUUUUAUAUUCUGAAAAGUACGUAACGUACAAUGUACAUAACUUGAUUCAUUUGCACGAAGAUGUUAAGAAUUAUGGAUGUCUGGAUAUGUUCAGCGCCUUUCCAUUUGAAAAUUAUUUUCAAGAAAUGAAAAAAAUGCUCAGAAAAAGUGCACAACCAUUGCAGCAAUUGCACAGACGAUUGACUGAAAAAUCAAAAAGUAAAAUAAAUAUGAGGUAUGAACUUGAAGAAUAUCCCAUUCUUAAAAAACCCAAAAACGAAGAAUUACAGUUUGGAUGUGAACAGUCUCAUCGAGAAGCAACGUUUAAAAACUUUACACUGUCUUCCGAAAAAGAAGCGGAUUCUUAUUGUUAUAUAAAUAAAAAUGUUCUUAAGAUUAAAUAUAUUGGCAAAAAGAAUGGAGAAACAGUUAUACUGGGAAAAAUAUUAAAAAAUUCAAGCAAUAUUUCUUCAUAUCCAUGUGAUUCACGACAUUUAGGAAUCCAUGUCGGAGAUGAAUGGUCUGAUGUAGGAAUAUAUCCAGUCAGCCAAAUAAGUGCCAAAGCAAUACGAUUACCUUACAAACAAACAUAUUGUAUGAUACCAAUUUUACACACUACUGACUAAAAUGUAUUACGUCAUAUUUUGGGACGAAUACUGUCAAAUUAUUCCUCAUUGUUGGUUGAACAUUUCUGACAAUACAUUCCAACAUCCACCAUCUACAUGUAAUAUGACAAAAGCAAUAAAAAAAAAAA